AUGGCCCGAGAUAUCCUCCUGGUAAUAUAUAACAGGUCAUUGUUCAAGGCUCACUGGGCCGUCUACAUCCCCAGCCUCGCAGACCCAGGCGUAGGCAAGAAGAUCCAUGUCCACGGCGAUGUCUUAAACGGCUUCACGCUGCAAUUUCUGCGAAACUAUGCUUUGAAGUCGGAGACUCUGGCUCAUCAGGAGGUACUUAUUCAUCAAGUUAAGGAUGAGUUUGUGCUCGAUGGCUCCGGAGGAGAAGAAUACGCUGAUAUCACUCCCUCCGAUCGGAUUGAAGAAGUGGCCUUGUCCGUAGCAGCCCCAGGGCCAAGCAUGAACUCUGCCAGCGCAAGUAGUGGUCCACCUACAAACAAGGCACAGCUUAAGGAUUGUCAGAGCUGGGCUGUGGAUGUCGUGGCGGCUCUGGUUGAACAGGGGAUCAUGUCUGAGGAGGCGAACGACGUUAUUCGGAAUGCUCCAAAGCAUUGA